GUGUGUGUGUGUGUGUGUGUAUGUGUAUUUUUCUGCUUUGGUUGGUGAGACAGCUUAAAACUAUGAUGUACCUAAGAGGAUGGUCUGCCUUGACUCACCCACUCAGAAUCCCGCUGACCCACCCCUCUCCCAUGCUUCCGGGGAUCCUGGGCCCCAGCAGUUGUUGGGGAAAUGUGAGCUAUGCAGCCCAUACCCUUAGAUUCUAUCCCGCAUUCCUGGAAAAGGGCCUAUUGUACGGUUGUUCCAACCCUGGACAAUAAAUUGUGUACUUCUCCAUUUUAAGGCUGAUGACUAAGUGAGAACGAACAUAUAUAAAACACACUUCAACUUUGGAGGAAUCAGAGAGACUGGGAACCCAAAGACAUGAAACUGGGGGAAAAAAACCACUCAGAUUUUGGACUUUUAGCAUUAAUGCUAAUAUACAUCUGAUUAACAGUCUCCUCAGGGCAGACCACUUGAGCAGAAAGGGUUGGUGCCAGAAUCGCGCUUGUUUCCCUCCUGAAGCCCUUGAUUCAGUGUGGGGGAGGAGGGCUGGGAGGGCAAGACCAAGGCACGGAAAGGAGGAGUGGGACCUUCAGGGCAAAGGGCCAAGGGAAGAGCUAUGCCAAGCCAUCCCCCAGCCGUUAGCCUAGAGCUGAGCUGCGGCAUCACUGAACAAUUAGCUAGGCCUUCUCAGUAUGCGACAGAUGAGGUGAGGAGGAGUCCUUUAUGUAUCAGACACUUGCCCUGCAGUGGGCACUGAUUGAGCAUCAGCUCUGUCUUGGACGCUCAGUUUCUGCUCCCAGGGAUACAAAGAGUAAGGCCCCUGUGGGGCUCCGAGUCUGGAGGGAGCUAGCCCUGUCCUGUUUCCCAGACCUCUUGGCCGCCUUGGCAUCCCAAGAAGUUUUAGCAGCAAAAGAUAGGGAAUUUGUGAGGGAAGAAAUUCCCCCGCAAAUCUGGAGGUCAAAUGUUAAAAGGAAGAAGGAAAAUGUUAAAAGUUAGAAUUUUAAAAAUCCCCCUGCCCACAAAGUAAAAAAAGCCUUUUGGGCUUAACAAUUAUAACUCUAGGAUGUUUCAUAUACCAUACUUGGCUACAUCUGUUGUGGAAAAGAGGGAUGAUGUCAUUUUUUUCACCUCUUUCUGUAAAUAGAAUUUAUGUAGCACAUGUGGGCUUCCUCAAGAGAAAUUUAAAACCCCAAAUUGAUGGGAUGGUGAGACCUACCACCUCUCUCAAGCAUGUGUCUCUCCAAGUGACACACAUAAGACACUAUUUAAAGCAUGUACUUUGGAUGUGUGUGCUGGCUCACUCCUGUAAUCCCAGCACUUUGGGAGGCCAAAGCAGGAGGAUUGCUUGAGACCAGCCUGGGCAACAAAAUGAGACCCCGACUCGACCAAAAACAAACAAACAAAAAAUUAGCAGGGCAUGAUGGCUUGUGCCUUUAGUCCCAGCUGCUCAGAAGGCUAAGGUGGGAGGAUCACUUGAGCUUGGGAGGUUGAGGCUCCAGUGAGCCGUAAUCGCCCCACUGUACUCCAGCCUGGACAACAGAGCAAAUCUGUGUGGUACAGUUGAACAUUUUAUUAGAAAUCACAGGACAUUCCUCCUGCUCCAUUUCCCUCGGGUCUGAGUCUCCAUGUUCUUUUUUAAAAAUAGUUUUAUUGAGAUAUAGUUUACCUGCCAUACAAUUCACCAUUUAAAAGCUUUAUGAUAGUUUUUAAUUUAUUGACAGAGUUGUACAACUAUUAUCUCAAUUUAAUUUUUAGAACAUUUUAUCACCCCCAAAGGAAACCCUAUACCCAUUAGGUGUCACACUCCAUUCCUCUUCCUUCCCACCUCCAGUCCUAGGUAACUGAUGAUCUAGUUUGUGUCUCAAUAGAUUUGAUUAUCUAAAUGUUUCAUGUAAGUGGAAUCGUAGAAUAUGUAGUCUUGUAUGACUGAAUCAGUUCACUAACCAUGUUUUCAAGGUUCAGCUAUGUUGUAGCAAGUAUCAGGACUUUAUUCCUUUUUUAUUGUUGAACAAUACCCCAUUUUAUUGAUAUACUAUAUUUUAUUUACCCGUUUAUUGGUUGACGGACAUUUGGGUUAUUUACACUUUUGGCUAUGAUGAAUAAUGCUGCUAUGAACAUUCACAUUCAUGGAUUUAUGUUUUCAUUUCUCGGGUAUAUACCUAGGAGUAGAAUUGCUAGGCCAUAUGGUAACUUCAUGUCAAACAUUUUGAGGUACUGCCAAACUUUUUCAAACUGGCUGCACUAUUUUACAUUUCUGCCAGUAGUAUUUGAGCGUUUCAAUUUCUCCAUAUCCUCUCCAACACUUCUUAUUGUCUGUCUGUUUGGUUAUAGCCAUCCCAGUAGGUGUGGAGUAGUUUUGAUUUGCCUUUGGUUUUCAUUUGCAUUUCCCUAAUGGCUGAUGAUACUGAGCAACUUUUCAUGUAGCUAUUGGGUAUUUGUAUAUAUUCUUUAGAGAAAUGUCUAUUCAGAUUCUUUCUCCACUUUUUAAUUAGGUUAUUUAUCUUUUUUAUCACUAAGUUAUAUAUUCUAGAUGCAAAUUCCUUAUUAGAUAUGUGACUAAAUAUUUUCUUCCAUUGUCUUUUCAUUUCUUGAUGGUGUCAUUUGAAGUGCAAAAGUUCUUAAUUUUGAUAACGUUCAGUUUACUUGUUUUGUCUCUUAUGCCUUUAUGUCGUGUAUAAGAAGAUUUUGCCUAACCCACAAUCACAAAGAUUUACUUCUUUGUUUUAACAGUUUUAUAGUUUGAGCUCUUACAUUUAGAUUUGUGAUCCAUUUUGAGUCCGUUUCUGCAUAUGGUGUAAGGGAGUAGUCUAGCUUCAUUCUUUUGCAUGUGGAUAUCCAGUUGUCCCAGCACCAUUUGUCAAAAAGACUAUUCUUUUCCCUAUUCAAUUAACUUUGCACCCUUGUCAAAAAUCAGUUGGCCAUAGGUACAAGUAUUGAUUUGUAAACUCUUAAUUUUGUUUCUCUGAUCUAUAUGUCUCUCGUUAUGCUGGUACCACCACACUGUCUUGAUUACUAUAGCUUUGUAGUAAGUUUUGAAAUCAAGAAGUAUGAGGCCUCCAAAUUUGUUCAUUUUUUCAAGAUUGUUUUAGCUAUUCUGAGUCCAUUGCAUUUCUAUAUGAAUUUUAGAAUCAGUCUGUUAAUUUUUGCAAAGAAGGCAGCUGGGAUUUUGAUAUGGAUUGUAUUCAAUCUGUAAAUAAAUUUGGGAAGUAUUGCUGUCUUAACAAUAUUAAAUCUUCCAAUUCAUGAACAUGGGGUGUCUUCCAUUUAUUUAGGUUUUCUUUAAUUGCUUCAAGCAAUGUUUUUUGUUGUUGUUGUUUGUUUGUUUUUUGAGACAUGGUCUUGCUGUGUCACCCAAGCUGGAUUAAAGUGAUGCAAGCAUGGCUCACUGCAGCCUCAACCUCCUGGGCUUAGACAGUCCUCCUGCCCAGCCUCCCUAGUAGCUGGAAUCACAGGCGCAUGCCACCACGACCAGAAUCACAAGAAGCUGAUGAACAGCUUGUAGCAGAAGUGGUUGAAAAAUGUUCAUCUAAGACUUGUUCUAAACCUUCAGAAAAUGAAGUGCCACAGCAGGCCAUUGACUCUCUCUCAGUCAAGAAUUUCAGAGAAGAACCUGAACAUGAUUUUAGCAAAAUUUCCAUCGUGAGGCCAUUUUCAAUAGAAACGAAGGAUUCCACGGAUAUCUCGGCAGUCCUCGGAACAAAAGCAGCUCAUGGCUGUGUAACUGCAGUCUCAGGCAAGGCUCUGCCUUCCAGCCCGCCAGACGCCCUCCAGGACGAGGCGAUGACAGAAGGCAGCAUGGGGGUCACCCUCGAGGCCUCUGCAGAAGCUGAUCUAAAAGCUGGCAACUCCUGUCCAGAGCUUGUGCCCAGCAGAAGAAGCAAGCUGAGAAAGCCCAAGCCUGUCCCCCUGAGGAAGAAAGCAAUUGGAGGAGAGUUCUCAGACACCAACGCUGCUGUGGAGGGCACACCUCUCCCCAAGGCAUCCUAUCACUUCAGUCCUGAAGAGUUGGAUGAGAACACAAGUCCUUCUUUGCUAGGAGAUGCCAGGUUCCAGAAGUCUCCCCCUGACCUUAAAGAAACUCCCGGCACUCUCAGUAGUGACACCAACGACUCAGGGGUUGAGCUGGGGGAGGAGUCGAGGAGCUCACCUCUCAAGCUUGAGUUUGAUUUCACAGAAGAUACAGCAAACAUAGAGGCCAGGAAAGCCCUUCCAAGGAAGCUUGGCAGGAAACUGGGUAGCAAACUGACUCCCAAGAUACAAAAAGAUGGCAUCAGUAAGUCAGCAGGUUUAGAACAGCCUACAGACCCAGUGGCACGAGACGGGCCUCUCUCCCAAACAUCUUCCAAGCCAGAUCCUAGUCAGUGGGAAAGCCCCAGCUUCAACCCCUUUGGGAGCCACUCUGUUCUGCAGAACUCCCCACCCCUCUCUUCUGAGGGCUCCUACCACUUUGACCCAGAUAACUUUGACGAAUCCAUGGAUCCCUUUAAACCAACUACGACCUUAACAAGCAGUGACUUUUGUUCUCCCACUGGUAAUCACGUUAAUGAAAUCUUAGAAUCACCCAAGAAGGCAAAGUCGCGUUUAAUAACGAGUGGCUGUAAGGUGAAGAAGCAUGAAACUCAGUCUCUCGCCCUGGAUGCAUGUUCUCGGGAUGAAGGGGCAGUGAUCUCCCAGAUUUCAGACAUUUCUAAUAGGGAUGGCCAUGCUACUGAUGAGGAGAAACUGGCAUCCACGUCAUGUGGUCAGAAAUCAGCUGGUGCCGAGGUGAAAGGCAUAGAGAAGGAGACGUGCCAGAAGAUGGAAGAAGACGGGUCCACUGUGCUUGGGCUGCUUGAGUCCUCUGCAGAGAAGGCCCCUGUGUCGGUGUCCUGUGGAGGUGAGAGCCCCCUGGAUGGGAUCUGCCUCAGCGAAUCAGACAAGACCGCCGUGCUCACCUUAAUAAGAGAAGAGAUAAUUACUAAAGAGAUUGAAGCAAAUGAAUGGAAGAAGAAAUACGAAGAGACCCGGCAAGAAGUUUUGGAGAUGAGGAAAAUUGUAGCUGAAUAUGAAAAGACUAUUGCUCAAAUGAUUGAAGAUGAACAAAGGACAAGUAUGACCUCUCAGAAGAGCUUCCAGCAACUGACCAUGGAGAAGGAACAGGCCCUGGCUGACCUUAACUCUGUGGAAAGGUCCCUUUCUGAUCUCUUCAGGAGAUAUGAGAACCUGAAAGGUGUUCUGGAAGGGUUCAAGAAGAAUGAAGAAGCCUUGAAGAAAUGUGCUCAGGAUUACUUAGCCAGAGUUAAACAAGAGGAGCAGCGAUACCAGGCCCUGAAAAUCCACGCAGAAGAGAAACUGGACAAAGCCAAUGAAGAGAUUGCUCAGGUUCGAACAAAAGCAAAGGCUGAGAGUGCAGCUCUCCAUGCUGGACUCCGGAAAGAGCAGAUGAAGGUGGAGUCCCUGGAAAGGGCCCUGCAGCAGAAGAACCAAGAAAUUGAAGAACUGACAAAAAUCUGUGAUGAGCUGAUUGCAAAGCUGGGAAAGACUGACUGAGACACUCCCCCUGUUAGCUCAACAGAUCUGCAUUUGGCUGCUUCUCUUGUGACCACAAUUAUCUUGCCUUAUCCAGGAAUAAUUGCCCCUUUGCAGAGAAAAAAAAAAAACUUAAAAAAAGCACAUGCCUACUGCUGCCUGUCCCGCUUUGCUGCCAAUGCAACAGCCCUGGAAGAAACCCUAGAGGGUUGCAUAGUCUAGAAAGGAGUGUGACCUGACAGUGCUGGAGCCUCCUAGUUUCCCCCUAUGAAGGUUCCCUUAGGCUGCUGAGUUUGGGUUUGUGAUUUAUCUUUAGUUUGUUUUAAAGUCAUCUUUACUUUCCCAAAUGUGUUAAAUUUGUAACUCCUCUUUGGGGUCUUCUCCACCACCUGUCUGAUUUUUUGUGAUCUGUUUAAUCUUUUAAUUUUUUAGUAUCAGUGGUUUUAUUUAAGGAGACAGUUUGGCCUAUUGUUACUUCCAAUUUAUAAUCAAGAAGGGGCUCUGGAUCCCCUUUUAAAUUACACACACUCUCACACACAUACAUGUAUGUUUAUAGAUGCUGCUGCUCUUUUCCCUGAAGCAUAGUCAAGUAAGAACUGCUCUACAGAAGGACAUAUUUCCUUGGAUGUGAGACCCUAUUUUGAAAUAGAGUCCUGACUCAGAACACCAACUUAAGAAUUUGGGGGAUUAAAGAUGUGAAGACCACAGUCUUGGGUUUUCAUAUCUGGAGAAGACUAUUUGCCAUGACGUUUUGUUGCCCUGGUAUUUGGACACUCCUCAGCUUUAAUGGGUGUGGCCCCUUUAGGGUUAGUCCUCAGACUGAUGAUAGUGUCUGCUUUCUGCAUGAACGGCAAUAUGGGACUCCCUCCAAGCUAGGGUUUGGCAAGUCUGCCCUAGAGUCAUUUACUCUCCUCUGCCUCCAUUUGUUAAUACAGAAUCAACAUUUAGUCUUCAUUAUCUUUUUUUUUUUUUUGAGACAGAGUUUCGAUCUAUUUUAAGUAUGUGAAGAAAAUCUACUUGUAAAAGGCUCAGAUCUUAAUUAAAAGGUAAUUGUAGCACAUUACCAAUUAUGAGGUGAAGAAAUGUUUUUUUCCCAAGUGUGAUGCAUUGUUCUUCAGAUGUUGAAAAGAAAGCAAAAAAUACCUUCUAACUUAAGACAGAAUUUUUAACAAAAUGAGCAGUAAAAGUCACAUGAACCACUCCAAAAAUCAGUGCAUUUUGCAUAUUUUUAAACAAAGACAGCUUGAAUACUGAGAAGAGGAGUGCAAGGAGAAGGUCUGUACUAACAAAGCCAAAUUCCUCAAGCUCUUACUGGACUCAGUUCAGAGUGGUGGGCCAUUAACCCCAACAUGGAAUUUUUCCAUAUAAAUCUCAAUGAAUUCCCUUUCAUUUGAAUAGGCAAACCCAAAUCCAUGCAAGUGUUUUAAAGCACUGUCCUGUCUUAAUCUUACAUGCUGAAAGUCUUCAUGGUGAUAUGCACUAUAUUCAGUAUACGUAUGUUUUCCUACUUCUCUUGUAAAACUGUUGCAUGAUCCAACUUCAGCAAUGAAUUGUGCCUAGUGGAGAACCUCUAUAGAUCUUAAAAAAUGAAUUAUUCUUUAGCAGUGUAUUACUCACAUGGGUGCAAUCUUUAGCCCCAGGGAGGUCAAUAAUGUCUUUUAAAGCCAGAAGUCACAUUUUACCAAUAUGCAUUUAUCAUAAUUGGUGCUUAGGCUGUAUAUUCAAGCCUGUUGUCUUAACAUUUUGUAUAAAAAAGAACAACAGAAAUUAUCUGUCGUUUGAGAAGUGGCUUGACAAUCAUUUGAGCUUUGAAAGCAGUCACUGUGGUGUAAUAUGAAUGCUGUCCUAGUGGUCAUAGUACCAAGGGCAUGUGUCUCCCCUUGGUAUAACUGAUUUCCUUUUUAGUCCUCUACUGCUAAAUAAGUUAAUUUUGCAUUUUGCAGAAAGAAACAUUGAUUGCUAAAUCUUUUUGCUGCUGUGUUUUGGUGUUUUCAUGUUUACUUGUUUUAUAUUGAUCUGUUUUAAGUAUGAGAGGCUUAUAGUGGCCUCCAUUGUAAAUCCAUAGUCAUCUUUUUAAGCUUAUUGUGUUUAAGAAAGUAGCUAUGUGUUAAACAGAGGUGAUGGCAGCCCUUCCCUAGCACACUGGUGGAAGAGACCCCUUAAGAACCUGACCCCAGUGAAUGAAGCUGAUGCACAGGGAGCACCAAAGGACCUUCGUUAAGUGAUAAUUGUCCUGGCCUCUCAGCCAUGACCGUUAUGAGGAAAUAUCCCCCAUUCUAACUUAACAGAUGCCUCCUCUCCAAAGAGAAUUAAAAUCGUAGCUUGUACAGAUCAAGAGAAUAUACUGGGCAGAAUGAAGUAUGUUUGUUUAUUUUUCUUUAAAAAUAAAGGAUUUUGGAACUCUGGAGAGUAAGAAUAUAGUAUAGAGUUUGCCUCAACACAUGUGAGGGCCAAAUAACCUGCUAGCUAGGCAGUAAUAAACUCUGUUACAGAAGAGAAAAAGGGCCAGGCACAGUGGCUUAUUCCUGUAAUCCCAACACUGUGGAAGGCCGAGGCAGGAGGAUCACUUGAGUCCAGGAGUUUGAAACCUACCUAGGCAACAUGGUGAAACCUUGUCUCUACCAAAAUAAAAAUUAGCUAGGCAUGGUGGCACGUGCCUGUGGUCCCAGCUACUUGGGAGGCUGAGGUGGGAGCCUGGGAGGUCAAGGCUGCAGUGAGCCAUGAUCAUGCCACUGCACUCCAUCCUGGGUGACAGCAAGAUCUUGUCUCAAAAAAAAAAAAAAAAAACAGGAGUGAAAAAGGAAAGUAGAAGGCAGCUGCUGGCCUAGAUGUUGGUUUGGGAAUAUUAGGUGAUCCUGUUGAGAUUCUGGAUCCAGAGCAAUUUCUUUAGCUUUUGACUUUGCCAAAGUGUAGAUAGCCUUUAUCCAGCAGUAUUUUAAGUGGGGAAUGCAACGUGAGGCCAACUGAACAAUUCCCCCCGUGGCUGCCCAGAUAGUCACAGUCAAGGUUGGAGAGUCUCCUUCCAGCCAGUGACCUACCCAAACCUUUUGUUCUGUAAAACUGCUCUGGAAAUACCGGGAAGCCCAGUUUUCUCACGUGGUUUCUAGCUUCUUCAGACUCAGCCCAAAUUAGGAAGUGCAGAAGCACAUGAUGGUGAAAAACCUAGGAUUUGGCAGCCUUCCAGAAUGGUAUGGAAUCUGAGGGAAGAUUUAUGUUUCGUUUUGGAGGAUAGCUCAAGUUGAAUUUUCUUUCCAGCCAGUUACCCUUUCAACCUACCCAUACUUUGUACAACUCUCACACAAAUACUUAGAUAUUUAUUCGAUAGCCCUGAAUUCCCUCUAAUUAUAAACAGGGAGUGUAAACUGCCCCCAGAUGUUCCUGGGCUGGGUAAAAGCAGCUGGAGUGAAGCACUCAUUUUCCAUAAAGGUAACAAAGGGCAGCUCAGUGGUUACUCAAGCUCAAAAGGGUUUUUUAAGAGCAAGCAUUGGUUAAGUCUGUGUAUACUGAGUUGGAAGUGAUUUCAGCACAUUCUUUUUUAGUGGAGUGAAAGUUCUGAAGCCCCCUUUUAACUUCCUUUUGGUUUUUCAUUAUAAUUGGUAGCCAUCUCAUGAACUGUCUCUGACUGUUGUCUCUUUGUGGUCAUGUGAUUGUGAGCUUGCUCUCUGACUUGCAUUUCUGACUUUAUCCUGUUGUUAGGAAGACAGAAACUAGGUUUUGAAAGAUUAUAUGAUUCAAGCGAGGGAUUUUAAAGUAAAGAUGUAUGUAUUCUGAAGAAUCUAAAAGAUAACAGAUUAUUUGCUUAUGAAAGAACAAUAUAGUCUGGGAAUCCCAGAAUGUCAAGCCAAAGGUCUAAGAAGUCAUCUCCUUCAAAUACUUUAAUAAAGAAGUAUUUCGAGGAGAUAUCUGUCCAAAAAGGUUUGACUGGCCUCCAGAUUCCAGUUAUUUUUAAAAAGCAAUUUACCACUAAAUCCUUGAGUCUCCAUAGAGUAACAGUAAAGAAACUGAUGUAACAGACUCUCCUCUCAAAGGAUCUCCUCUGGAAGAGACUAUCAGCGGCAGCAUUCUCCAGGGAAGACCCAUCCCCUAGUGCCAGAGCUUGCAUCCUGGAGACUAAAGAUUGCACUUUUUGUAGUUUUUUGUCCAAAUGCAAUCCCAUUUCUGUGCCUCUUAGCAUGCAGUUAGAUUUGGACAAACAAGAUUCCUAAGGAAUGACUUUAUUAACUAUAAUAUGGUUACAGCUAUUAUAUAAAUAUAUAUUCUGGUUAUAGUUCUAAUAUGGAGAUGUUGUGUGCAAUGCUGGCCUGUGGUGGUCUGUGUAAUGCUUUAACUUGUAUGGAGGAGGCCAGGCUCAGAGCUGAGAUGUGGCCUGAACCUUCCCUGUAUCGAUCCUUUAAUUUAGAACUGUCAAGAUGCCACUUUCUCCCCCUCUGCCUUUUAGUGGUAUCUGACAUAUACUCAAAACAGUAAUUUCCUGGUCACAUCAUUAACUGCUAAUUCUGUAUUUAUAAAGAAUUUUCAGAUGGACAUGUACAAAUUUGAACUCAAACCAUCCCCAGUCCAGAUACAGGGCAGCGUGUAGGUGACCACACCAGAGCCUCAGCCUCGGUCCUUCUCAGCCGUCGGGAUAGGAUCCAGGCAUUUCUUUUAAAUCUCAGAGGUAGCAGUAAACUUUUCAGUAUUGCUGUUAGCAAGUGUGUGUUUGCCAAUAGAUACCCAUUAUACUAAUGUGCCAAGUAAAUGUUCAUUGCACAUCUGCUUCCACUGUGUUCCCACGGGUGCCAUGAAGUGUGUGAGGAGCCCCUCAUCUGGAGGGAUGAGUGCUGCGUUGACUACUGCUAUCAGGAUUGUGUUGUGUGGAAUAUUCAUCUACAUAAAUUUUAUAUGCACAGUAAUUUCCCUUUUUAUAUGUCAAGUAACUAUUUGUAAAAGUUAUACUCACAAAUUAUUAUAAUGAUUACUAAUAUAUUUUUUCCAUGUUUCAUUGCCUGAAUAAAAACUGUUUACCACUGUUA